GCACGCAAAAAUCCUAUCUCUCUCUCUCUGCUAUCUGUGGCGUUGCAGUUGCACUCUUCUCCUCUCUUCUCUUUCUUUGUUGCUAAAACAAAACGCCACAGACAGCCUUUCAUACAUCACUCCCCUACUCCCUAUACUUCCCCUGACCCACCUCGCUCCAUUGGAAACCAUGAAGAUAAAUUUUACCAUUACCCAAUAGAAUUGCCAACAAGAAAAAGAAAAGGUGAAAAAAUGAAAAAGGCUGUGGGAGGGAAUAGGACAGAGCCGCUCGGUUCAGAUUUCAGAAUGCAGAAGAGGCCUCUGUUUCUCUUUCUCUCUGCCAGCAGAUCCAUAUAUCAUAUGAUAUGAUAUCCCCCACACACCACCACUCACCAGAAGAAGAAGCAGAAGCAGCAGAUUUCAUUUCAGAGAUUUCUUUCUUUUCCCCCCCUUCCCUCAACCCAAGGGUUGAUUGCAUAAUUACAUGGUGAAGUCAUACGAUAUAUUGAUAAAUUUCAGGCACUUGAAGUUGAAAUGACCAACCAAAUAGUCAUUUCGAUCAUCACUAACCAUCAUCAACAAGUGUUUCGUCUAAAUCAGAAUCUAUGAGUACGUAGUAGACUCAUUCGAACUAGAAAUGGGGAAAGAAAAAGAAAAGUCACAUACAUUGAGAAGUGCAAAAUAGACCCAUCUCAUGUUGCACAUGAUGAAUCAAAUGUUGGGGGUGAGUUGAGUUAUGUUUGGGCAAGGAGAGUUGGUGCAAGACAACAACACAUCUUGAUAUGAACUACAAAGAACAAAUCCUAUGGUAUAAAAUUUGACUUCUACACAUAAGGACCACAUGAUACACUAGAGAUGUACACACACUCUUAUUCUAGAGUUGAAAUAUGGAUAUGAUAUAUUGGGUAGGAGACUUGUUAUAAAUUCACACCUCCAAAACUGUCAAACCGAUUUAAACCGUUGAACCAGUAAAGUAAAUGGUUUGAAGAUCAUUGGCAAGAUCAGGCAUUGAUCGAUUUAAACCGUUAAUACAUAAUAUAUACAUAUAUGCGUGCUGUUUAUAUAGUAAUAAAUAAUAACUUAUAAUUUUAAUACCUUGAAUGUAAUUUUUAAAGUAUCGUACAACGAUUAACAUCACUUCCCCAUAACGGAGACUGGAAGAGAGUAAAAACGCAAUAUUUAAACCCGAAAAACCGAUACAUCAGUUCGGACCAUUGAAUUUUCUACGGUUUUAACCAACUAACGAUUCGAACACAUAAUAACUCUACGAUUCUAUGAAUCUUUUUCAGCACCGACUUCGAUCGAGCCCGAUCCAAUUAACCAGCCAUCUUGACUACACUUGACAACACUACUACCCCACCUUACACAUGAAUGCACUUUUUUCUUCUUCUUUUUUUCUCGUUAAAUUUAAAUCACCUUCCUUCCCUUCACUCUCCCCUCUUUUAAACAUCCCAUUCCCCUUCAUUUCCUCCACUCCAUCCAUCCUAUCCCUCUCAUUUCCCUUCCUCCCCGCCUUCUUCCUUUCCCACCAUGGAUCCCCAGCUCCUUCUCGACUGCUUCCCUCACACCACCACCCACCGCUACAAUGCUGCCGCCGACAACAACAACUACAACCCUAACUACACCACCACCACCGCCUCCAAGCAGCUCCUCCCACCAGGCUUCCGCUUCCACCCAACCGACGAGGAGCUCAUCACCUACUACCUCCUCAAAAAGGUGAUGGACUCCACCUUCUCCGGCCGCGCCAUCGCCGAGGUCGACCUCAACAAGUGCGAGCCGUGGCACCUCCCGGAGAAGGCCAAGAUGGGUGAAAAGGAGUGGUACUUCUUCAGCCUCCGCGACCGCAAGUACCCCACCGGCCUCCGCACCAACCGCGCCACCGAGGCCGGGUACUGGAAGGCCACGGGGAAAGACAGGGAGAUCUACAGCACCAAAACCUCCGCCCUCGUCGGCAUGAAGAAGACGCUCGUUUUCUACCGUGGUAGAGCUCCCAAGGGAGAGAAGAGCAACUGGGUUAUGCACGAGUAUCGCCUCGACGGCAAGUUCGCCUACCACUACCUCUCCCGCUCCUCCAAGGACGAGUGGGUGAUCUCCCGUGUGUUUCAGAAAUCCGGCGUGGGUGCUGGCGGGAACGGCUGCACGGCGAGCAACAACAGCGCCGCCUCCUCCGCUAAGAAGCCGCGCUCCAGCGCGGCGAUGAGCAGCGGCAGCAGCGCUUACCAGGAGGUGAGCUCGCCGCCCUCCGCCGUCUCGCACCUCCCUGCUCUCCUCGACCCCACCACCGCCGACAGCUACUCCUACGGCGGUGGCGGCGCCGGGCGCCACCACCAGCAGCAGCACGUGUCCUGUUUCUCCACUGGUACCACUAGUUCCACCACCACCGUUGCGGCGGCGGCCGCAUCCGAUCACCACCACCAGAUGAUGACGAUGUUCAACAACAACGGGCUGAUGAUGUCGCCUGAUCAUCAUCACUACCAGAGGAACGUUCUCUCGUCGACUACUUCGGCUUUCCCCAGCCUGCGAUCCCUGCAGGAGAAUCUCAACCUCCCGCUCCCUCACCACCUCUUCUUCCCUCCUCCGCCCACCUCUGCCUCGGCUGUCUUCCCACCGUCGUCGUUUGGUGGCGGUGGUAUGAUGAGCUGGAUGGAGGAAGGGAAGGUCGGCACCGCCUCGGAGCUUGAUUGCAUGUGGACCUACUGAUCCUCGUUAUCACCAUCAUCAUCAUCAUCAAAGCUUACUGAAAGAACUCCAGACGUGUCUUAAUCAAUAUUAGCUAUUCUAAUAAGUAUAAGUGUUUGUCUGUUUGAUGAUGAUUAGGGUUUCGUAGGGUUUAUGUAGUAGUAGGCAGUGUAGCUAGCUGGGGAGGCUAGGGUUCGGGUUUGUGAAAAGUAGUGAACGUGUUGAAUAUUUCCAUCCAUGGGAUUUAAUUUGAAGUAGUGGUGUUGCUAUGCUACAGAUGGAUGGGAUUGGGUGGGGGAAGGAAGGGUGUUGUCUCGUCGUCUCAUGUCUUCCUCCUAUGUAAUGUUUGAUGUAAUGGGAAUGGGUGGUGGUGUUUGUAAUUUCCAUGAAUUGUCUUGUCGUUUGAUUUCCUUGGACUUUGUUUUUCUUUCCUUUAAUGACUACUUGGUGUGAUUUGCUACAUCGACGACUUGAGUUGAUCGAUGAUGAUGUUAUAUGCAGUGUCAGUGGCUAAAGUCAUCACUAGUGUGUUAUGUAGUGCUCUUCUUUCUUUGCUUUUUGGGGACCGUUGCUAGCUAGGGAUUUGGUUCGACCAAACUCAUUAAUAUUUGUAUCUUGUAUUUCCAACCAUACUGGAUCGUAGGGGUGUUUGUGGGUCGGGUGAGUAAGUUUUAUGCAUUUACUAAUUAACCGACCGUUAUUUACGGUUUGAAAUGAUACAUGACUCAAAUUUUAAAUCUUAUGGGAGCGAUUGAUUUUGGGUCGGUUUGGUUGAAGAAAUUACCGGCUCAAACAAUAACAGUCAAGAGCUAUGCGAUCAGGAUUUUUAUAUAAAAGUUGUAACUAUUUACUUGGGAGGUAAUUAACAUUCAACUUCUAUAUAUGUUUCUUUCAAAUCUGAAAGUAAUUAGAAUUCACUAUAAUAUCACUGACAUAGUAAGCCUUACAUGCUAACGGUUAGGCAUGACCUCGUCUUCAUUAUAUCAAGGAAUAUAACUUGGGGAUUAUCAUAUUCAUGUCUUUCAUUAUAACAUCUUAAACAAUAUGUAUGUUGGGCUCGGAUAAUGGUUAAGCAAAAGUUUAACGGUAUUAUAUAUUGUGUAAAUAUGUUCGCUUUUUUAGUUGUAUUUUCUUGUUUUACGAUCUUAUAAUAAGAACAAGAGAUCUUUCUCGAUCAAUCCCUUUGCCCAUUCUUGGAGAAUCAAGACAUAUAUUGUUU